CCUAAAAUUCGAUUAAUCUUGCAUCAUGUGAAGUUUUUUUUUUCUUUUUCGGAUCUCUUAUUGAAAGCAAGUAGAACUAAUCCGAGUCAUUACAAAGAGGCAAUGUUGCUUGGACUCUUUGGAAAUGCCGACAGGAGCAUGUCAGUAGUGCAUUUUUUAAGGAUACGACAUGGGUGCGAUAACAUUUUUGGAGAGUUCAAGCAACGUAGCAAAGAGGAACUAAACGCAAUGUUUGACUCCAACUUAAGUUACUGUGAACUUGAUUAUAAACACCGGGGUAGGGGGUGCGUCAAAGAGCAUGACGUUAUGCCCGUUAGUUGUAGUUGCAUCACAGUUCCUCCCAAAGCUUGCUAAGGGUAUCCGGCACAACAUUGUAUGGCGAAGUUCCGGUAGGCCCAUUGCUUCCAGGUUGAACCUGCAAUCAAAUCCUUACAUUGUAUGUUGUGUAUUUCCUGUUUUUUUCUUGAACUCCAUGUUUAAUAUUUAAUGUUAUGGUGUAGAUAGAGGAAGAAAGAGAAUUUCCCACCCUUUUUUCUGGUUAUAUUUUAAGAAAAAGUCAACCUUAUACUUUGGUAGUAGGAUGCCAUAACUUAGGGGUAUCAUGCCUUUUUAUUGGGUAAACAUGAAGGCAUUAUGCAAAGACAAGUCUUAGUACUGACAGGUCUUUAUUUGGACUUUGCUAUCAUCUUAGUGGCUAACCAUGAAGCAAAUACAAAAAUAUUAAGAAGGAUGUCACAAUUGCAGUAUAAAACCCAGAGAUCCUUUCUCAACUAUGCAACACAAGUCUUAGUUCUAUCCUUUUUUUCCUCCAAAACUCAAAAUGAGAAGCUCUUGGAAUUUGGGGCAAUGGCCUCUACUUGCAUUUGCUUUGGCAAUUUGUUUUGUAGCUAGCACUGUUGUUGCUGAUUACUCUUAUGGCUAUACUUCUCCCUCACCUUCUUACAACUCUAAGAAGUACUACAAAUCACCAUCGCCAUCCAAUUAUCAUGUACCCAGUCCAUACUACAAGAAACCGGAGAAACAUGCUGAACAUUCUCCAUCACACUAUUACAAGUCACCGGUGCCUUCCAAGCAUGACUAUUACAAAUCACCUUCUCCUUCAAAGCACUACUACAAAUCGCCAGUAGCAGUGAAGUAUUACAAAUCACCGGCCCCAUCAAAGCACUAUUACUACAAAUCACCAUCCCCUGCAAAGUACUACAAAUCUCCAUCACCUGCAAAAUACUACAAGUCGCCUGCUCCAUCAAAGCACUAUUACUACAAGUCACCAUCCCCUGCAAAGUACUACAAGUCUCCAUCGCCUGCAAAAUACUACAAGUCGCCUGCUCCAUCAAAGCACUAUUACUACAAAUCACCAUCCCCUGCAAAGUACUACAAAUCUCCAUCGCCUACAAAAUACUACAAGUCACCUGCUCCAUCAAAGAACUAUUACUACAAGUCACCAUCCCCAUCAAAAUAUUACAAAUCACCCACUCCUUCUAAAUACUAUAAAUCGCCGCCACCACCAAAAUAUUACAAGUCACCCGUUUACUACAAGUCUCCUCCACCACCACCAACUUAUUAUGAGAAAUCACCUUCUUACUACAAGUCCCCUCCCCCUCCACCAUACUACAAAGAAUCUACCGCUUCUUAUAAAUCUCCUCCACCUCCCCCAUACUACAAAGAAUCUACCCCUUCUUAUAAAUCCCCUCCUCCUCCACCAUACUACAAAGAAUCUACGCCUUCUUAUAAAUCCCCUCCUCCACCAUACUACAAAGAAUCUACCCCUUCUUAUAAAUCACCUCCACCUCCCCCAUACUACAAAGAAUCUACCCCUUCUUAUAAAUCCCCUCCCCCAUACUACAAAGAAUCUACGCCUUCCUAUAUAUCUCCUCCCCCUCCACCAUACUACAAAGAAUCUACCCCUUCCUAUAAAUCCCCUCCCCCUCCACCAUACUACAAAGAAUCUACCGCUUCUUAUAAAUCUCCUCCACCUCCCCCAUACUACAAAGAAUCUACACCUUCGUAUAAAUCUCCUCCACCUCCACCAAAAUACUACGAGAAAUCACCUGCAGCCUAUGCUUCACCUCCACCCCCACCAACAUACUAUUAAUAGUUACUAAUUCUAUCAUUUCCACCAUUUCCAUGAAUUCUAACUUCUACUUCCAGUAUCUCUAUUUCCUCAGCCAAAAUUUUAUGUAUGCUUCAAGAAGGUUUUGCUUGUUUUGUGUGUUCCUUUCUUUUAAUAAUUUGUAAUAUGCAUUGUUUGAGAUCCUCAAGAUCUCCCUCAGUUUGGUUCAUUUGUAUCAAGAUUCUUUUUGGUGUAAUCUCUUGAGAGUUCCACUUUAUGUAAUACUAUUUUCUUCUUUAUCAAAUACUGUUUGCUCUUAUUGGUUGAGUUCUUUCAAUGUUCAAUAAGCAUUC